AUAGGAAAAAAACAGGGGGAAAAACAAAAAUAAAAAACGAAAACAUCCCGCCCUGCCGCAGCGCCCUGUACUUUUGAAGAGCGCGCUCGCUUUCACUCUCUCUCGUUCACUCUGGAACUCACCGUCACCUCCGAUUACCCAAUACUCCCCGAUCAUUCCUUCCCUCUCGCUUCUCUCUUUCAAUGAUCCAAAGGUUUCAGAGCUGAGAUACAAUCACCAGAUAGAUUGGAGUGAUGGCGAUCGAAAAACAUGUGAAGAAAAACGUAAAUAAUUUAAGCGAAGGUCGGAAAUGUGAAGAUGAGAAGCAACCUAAAGUGAAUUGGUUGCAACAUGCCAAUGCACUUCAUAAUAUUUCCUCUAGAAGGAAAUUUUUGAGUGCGAAUUUCCUUUACUCGCUUGAAUCGCAAAAACCAAUGUCCAUGAGGUUAAGCUCCUGUGAUGUUCAGAAUCCUCAAAGAUUGCAGAGCUCACAAGUUGAAAAGGCUUGGCAUGCUCUGUCCACUCUUCAGAUUUCUUCCAGGAACUACAUUAGACCUGGUAAAACUGGUCCAGUAAAGAAUGUUAGUGAAGAAUUGUUGGGCAAUGUAGGGCAAAGGCCUACCUUCCAAAGCUCAUGUAAUAUUAGCAAAUAUUCUGAAGGUGUGUAUACACAGAAAAACUUGAGUGGAAAGAACAGUGAAGCUGCAAAGCAUAUGGGCAAUGUUAUCCCAGCAGACAAUGCUAGCCAUGUGCAAUCUGGAAACAAUCAAGGGUGGCCAAGUGAUAUUAAAGCAUCAUCAGGGGUCAACACCAAACAGUCUAAUGUUUUAGCUGGUUCGUUCGUCAAUCACACUGUGCAAACUUGUCAAACAAAAGAGUUUGUGGAAACUUCAGCUGAUUACAUUGAUGAUGAUGACCUGAUCGAGAGUAUAGAUGUGGACCAAAUUGUUAUGGAGCACUACCACUCUACUUGCACACCGCAACCAGCAAUUUCUAAGUUUCCACCCAUAACUCCAACUGCAGAUCAAAGUAGUUUUAUAAGGCCAGAGGAGAUUUCUGUGCCACCUGAGUUGUGUUCAAACUGCAGUCAUGGAUUCAAGCUAGGACUUUGCCCAGAAGCUGCCAAACAUUUACAAGAAAUGAAGGAUAUGCUGAUUGCAGUAUCAAAUGAUCUGCUUGACAAUGCUGCUGAACUGAGUCCAGCGCAGAUAGAUAAGCUUCGCCAAGAUAGGUUACAGCUCAAUAAGCAAAUUCAGCAACUUGAAAAAUAUCUUCGUGAUGAGGAAAGACAGAAGUCACACUUUUCUGCAUCCACAUUGGUUCGAAAUUUGCAGUAUGAAACACCUCAAUCUGCUGCAUGCAAAAUAGAUCCCAUGAGAUUUGAUGCUCAGGUUCAUCUACGAAAUGACCUGAAUGGAUAUGAAAAGUGGAAUGCACCCUCAGUUUCAUUCUCUUCCAUUGAUAGCUUUGGCGUUUCUUCUGUGCCUUUAGAGAGAGAACCUUACAUUCCAAGCUUUGUUGAAGUUAAUUAUAUUGAAGGCUCAAAUGAUCCAAAGUGGAGCAGCACAAAUUUCCCAUGGACAAAAAAGCUGGAGGCCAAUAACAAAAAAGUGUUUGGAAACCACUCCUUUCGCCCCAAUCAAAGAGAGGUCAUCAAUGCUACAAUGAGUGGGUAUGAUGUCUUUGUUUUAAUGCCAACUGGAGGUGGAAAAAGUCUGACAUAUCAGCUUCCUGCCCUAGUUUGUCCUGGAAUAACCUUAGUAAUUUCUCCACUCGUGUCUCUGAUCCAAGAUCAAAUAAUGCACCUUUUGCAGGCAAAUAUUCCUGCUGCUUACCUGAGUGCCAACAUGGAGUGGACUGAACAACAGGAGAUCCUAAGGGAACUUUGUUCUGAUUAUUGUAAAUACAGGUUGUUAUAUGUCACGCCAGAGAAAGUUGCUAAAAGUGAUGUUCUUUUGCGGCACUUGGAGAGCUUAAAUGGUCGUGGAUUGCUUGCCAGGAUUGUUAUUGAUGAAGCACACUGUGUGAGUCAGUGGGGGCAUGAUUUUAGACCCGAUUACAAGGAACUUGGUAUCUUGAAGAAGAAAUUUGAGAAAACUCCAGUGUUAGCUUUGACUGCUACUGCAACAGCCAGUGUAAAAGAAGAUGUUGUGCAAGCUCUUGGUCUUGUGGACUGCAUUGUUUUCCGGCAAAGCUUUAAUCGCCCCAACUUAUGGUAUUCUGUAAUUCCCAAGACAAAAAAGUGCCUGGAAGACAUCGAUAAGUUCAUCAAAGAAAAUCAUUUUGAUGAAUGUGGAAUUAUUUACUGUCUUUCAAGAAUGGACUGCGAAAAAGUUGCUGAAAAACUGCAGUUUGUUCAGAAGCAGUGGAGCAAAGAUGAAAUUAACAUCAUCUGUGCUACAGUGGCAUUUGGAAUGGGCAUCAACAAACCAGAUGUCCGCUUUGUGAUUCAUCAUUCUCUUCCAAAAUCGAUUGAAGGUUACCAUCAGGAGUGUGGUCGUGCUGGCAGAGAUGGUCAACGCUCAUCCUGUGUGUUGUAUUACAGUUACAGCGACUAUAUACGAGUCAAGCACAUGAUUAUACAAGGACAAGCAGAGCAAAGUCCCUGGACAGCUGGAUGUGGUCGCAAUACUAUGAAAAGUUCAGAUAGGAUACUGGAAAAAAACACUGAAAAUCUCCUGCGAAUGGUCAGUUAUUCUGAAAAUGAUGUCGAUUGCAGACGUCUCUUACAACUUCUGCAUUUUGGAGAAAAGUUUGAUGCUGGAAACUGUGGGAAUACAUGUGAUAAUUGCUCCAAGAUCAAAACUCUAGUGGAGAGGGAUGUCACUGAGAGUGCAAAGCAAUUGGUUGAGCUGGUCAAGUUAACUGGGCAGCAUUUUUCAUCAUCUCACAUUUUAGAAGUCUACAGGGGUUCCUUAAGCCAAUUUGUCAAGAGACACAGACAUGAGAACUUGAGCCUUCAUGGAGCUGGAAAACACCUAGCCAAGGGUGAAGCAUCCCGUAUAUUGCGUCAUCUUGUUAUUGAGGAUUUUCUUGCAGAGGAUGUUAAGAAAAGUGACAUUUAUGGAUCUGUAUCGUCAGUGUUAAAGGUGAAUGAAUCCAAGGCACGCAAACUAUGCUCUGGUGGGCAAAGGAUUGUUUUAAGAUUCCCUUCCUCUGUAAAAGCUUCAAAACAGGGCAAAUCUGAGGCUACUCCAGCAAAAGGCUCACUCAUGUCCGGGAAGUUAAGUCCUCUGCAAGCUGGUAGUCCUGCCCAACCUCAAUCUGAAGUGGACUUGAACCUGUCGGCCAAACUAUUCUCUGCUCUGCGAAUGCUUCGAACUGCUCUUCUGAAAGAAGCUGGAGAUGGUGUUAUGGCGUACCACAUAUUUGGUAAUGCCACGCUGCAACACUUGAGCAAAAGAAUUCCCAGAACGAAGGAAGAACUCCUGGAGAUCAAUGGCAUCGGAAAGGCCAAGGUCAGUAAGUAUGGAGAUCGAUUGCUUGAAACCAUUGAAUCUACCAUUAGGGAAUACAAUAAGGGAGACAGAAAUAGUAGCGGUAGCAACGAAAGUACUGAUUCAAUAAAGAGGAGAAGAGAUGCAAGCAAGGCUCUGAAUGGGAACAUGGAAGAAGAUGAUGAAUUCACCAAAAGCACUGGCCGGUCAAAGAAAAGGACAGCGACGAGGCAGAACAAAGGUUCCGAGGUUCAUAAUUCUAUGGAGCCUGUUAGCUGCAACCAGUUCCUAGAUGAUGACCUGGAUUUCAAAGAUUCCUAUCAUGAUCUGGAAGCUGAUGCUUAGAAGGAUGAAGAGGAUUUUACUGGGAGAGUGCGGUCAUCAUUGUAAAAUCCAGGCAAGAAGGUGCCAAAUUCUAUCCAAAAUAAGUUUCAAGAACAUGCCUUGCAACAGUUACGUGCGUUUCAUCUCUAUGCUGCUGGAACAGAACUCAAUGUAUACAGUUUUGGAUUAAUCUGGUCAUAAGUGGUAACUCUUUCAAGAGGAUGAUCAUGGCAUUAACGGUGAAGCACUUCAAGGUGGAAGUCAAGAGGAAGCUAGAAGGUUUCAGCAGUUGCGUUUGAAGCUUAAGAUGGCCAAUAACUGGGCUGGUGUUUCAAGAUUCAGCCGUGUAAAUUGUGAAACUAAUUGUGAUUGGAUUGUAAUUGUCUGUCUAAUUAAUGCACUGAUUAUUGUUUUAAAAUAGAAAGUACAAAUAUAAAUAUAAAAAGAACAAACAUGUUUCAGGUUAGAGAGAAAUACAAAAUAUAAAAAUAAAUGUGAUUAAGGGAUAAAUAUGUUUUUUUUUUUAGUUUUUCUUUCUAAACUAUCUAUCCUUUCUAAUAUCAAUAGGAACCCUUUGGG